AAUAUUGGAAAAAGUUAUCUGAACAUUGUCCAUCAUUACUGCUUCGUUAUAUUUUAAGAUUUCACUCGGGUUUCUACAACAUAAUGGGCAAUGGUCUGUUUUACGGCUCAGUUAGAAAAAAAGUGUCUAGAAAUGAAAAGGCUUCUGAUAAAUUUAUUUCAAAGCGUUUUGGUGUGGUAAGCUAUAAUAUUAAAAGAGAUUGGAUGCAAUGGGGACACCUAGAUCUAAGUAAUUCAGAUAUUAAUAACACUUACUCUGAUGACAAAAAUUGUUAUAAAAAAAAAUAUAAUGUUUUAAAAAAAUGGAAGCAAAAAGGUGGAAACCCUUCAUGGGAGCAAACAAAUAUAAAGAUGACAGCUUUUGACCGUUUAUAUAAUGGUGAUCAAAUUGAACAAAAAUGUAGAGAGAUAACAAGUUCACCAAAAAAAAGUUCCAAAGUUUGUUCUAAAAAAGAUUUGUUGAGAAUAUCGGCUGAACUAAAAAAGUUUUAUCUUGAAUAUUAUGGGAAAAUUGAUGAACUUCAACCACUAUUAAAAACGUCUGCAGAAAUUGAUCUAUUACAAAAGUUUGUUGACCUAUGCAUUGUUGAAGCAGUGAAUGUUCAUAAGGAUCAUUCAGUAAAUGCUGUUUUUAGUGCUAGAGGAAAGAUAUUUCUUGAAAAGCAAAUAUAUUAUACACCAGUUCUAUAUAGUGAAAUAUUUACAAAGGAAAAAUCAGUUUUGUUAAUAUCUGGAAUAGCUGGUAUUGGGAAAACAUGGUUGCUUAGAAAAUGUUUGCUUAAUUGGUCAAAUAAUUUAAUUUGGAAAAAUGUUAAACUUGUAUUUUAUUUGGAAUGUAGGAGACUUAAUCAAUAUCCAAAUAUUUCUAAUAUUAACGAAUUACUAAAUGUUUUCUACAAAGAUAUUCUAAACAACUUUGUCAUUAAUAGUCACACUGCGCUGUUUAUAAUUGAUGGAUUAGAUGAAUUUAAAUAUUUUAAUGAGUUAUUAAAUCCAAGUUUGACUACUAAAUUCCCAAUUGUUACUGCUUUAGAAGAUGUUCAAAAGUACAAACAUGUAAUUGCUGGUAGAGUUUAUGCAUUAGAUCAAUACAAAAGUAUAUCAAGAAAACAUAGCAAUAAGUUAACCAUUCAAAUAAUGGGGUUUAACGAAAAGGGAAUAAACAAUUAUGUUGAAAAUCACGAUAUGAAAAUAAAUAAGGAAACUGUAAAAACAACUUUAAAGGAAUCUCAAAUUGCUAGCGCAAUGGCAUCUGUUCCGUUUUAUUUAUCGUCAAUGAUUAAAAUUAUAAGUGAUUUAAAAAAAGUAGAUUCUUUCUCAACAAUAACAGAUUUGUAUGCAAAUGUUUUUCUAUAUUUUAUGCAAAAACAAACUGUUAAAAACAAUGAAUUGAUACAUGAGUUCAUGGAAGACAGUUCCAAUAAAAAAUAUAUUUUAGAUAUUUGUAAAAUUGCAUAUAAAUUGUUUCUUAAAAAUAAAGUAAUUUUUUCUAAAGAUGAAAUUCAAGUUUUCCUCACUGAUCAUGAUAAAAACGAAGAUGAUUUUUUUGGAUUUAUAGAAAGGAUUGAAUCAGAUCUGGGUUGUUAUUAUCAAUUCGCACAUUUGACAAUAAUGGAGUUUUGUGCAUCUGUAUAUGCAUAUAAUUGUUUAAGUAGUGAUGAGAUUUUGGCCAAUAAGAAGCUGGAGAGUUGUUUAUCAAUGAUAUGUGGAUUAGCCAAUAAAAACAAUAACAGUUUAAUAAAGUAUUUUGUUAACCUGAAUUCCUCAAAAAAGUUCUAUAAAGAACCUCUACUUCUGCAUUCUAUUAUGAAUCGUCUAAGUAAAAGUUAUUUCAUGAAGUUAUUCUUUGAAUGUUUUUACGAAUGUGAGUCAUUUACUGAUGAAAUAAAAUCAUUUGUUAAUAAGAAAAGCUGGAGUAUAUCAUUUAUCGAUGGAAAAACUUCUUAUUUAACUGCUUGCGAAAAUCAUUUUGUAAAUCAUUACAUAAAAAAUAAAGGGAAGUUAUUGUCGUUAAAUGUUUAUAAAAACAGUUUGCAUGAUGAAGAAAAAAAACUUUUUAUUCAAUGUUCAACUAAUGUUUGCAAUGUCAUUUUUUAUCAUCCAAUCGAUUUCGGAGAAUGGAAACCAAAAAAUAAGAUAAAAAAUUUAGCAAUAUGGAUCUCAGAUAGUUUAGUAAAAAAAUAUGAUUUUGAAAAAUACUUUCUUCAUUGGAUAAUUCUUUGUGAUAAAUUAGAACUUAAACUUCACUACGACACUGAUUUUAUUAAAGAAAUUUGCGAAUGGAUUCGUUUAUCAAAUAUCAAGUUUGAGAUCUGGUACCGUGGAAAACAUUUCGAUAACCUUGAUGAAUUAAAAACCUUAACAACACGAUCAAUUAUUCGAUAUAUAUCAUGUUAAAUAAAAACAAUAACUAUAAAUAACUAAUGAAAUAUUUAAAGUAUUUUGUUAAGAUAUGUUUUUAAAUAUACGAAUUAACUUUCUUAAUACAUUUAUUAAUUCAUUAUUA